AUGGGGGGACCCGAGGGCAAGGGGGAAGGGCUUGGGCCUGGGGCCACGCUGUUUGCUGCGGGCUCCGACCCCGAGUCUCGGGCCUUCAUCCACACACCGGAGACCGAUAAUGGGCCCUCAGAAGAUGUCGUGUCCUGGUCCCCAGGACCCGUGAGUGUGUCAGGUGCUAAUCAGCUGACCCUGAAACAGGGAGAGUAUCCGCCAGUAUCCACGUGCGCUGAGGUCGCCAAGUGUCGUCAAAAGUGGAGGUGGGGGUGGGGGAGGGGAACACACGGGCCUCAGCCCCCUGGGGCUGGCUCUGCGGAUGGGGGAAGAGCCAGGGGCCCAGGAACGCGGGGGCCCCGGGCCGGGGAAAGGCAGGGCUCUGUUCCCAAAGCCCCCCGAACGCAGUCCUGCCCCCACCUUGACUUUGGCCCCAGGACCCACCCGGGGCUUCUCACCUCUGGAGCAGCUGGGAGGGAAGGCUAUUUCACGCCACCAGAGAGCCUGAGGGUUCCGGGAAGAGUUCCUGGUGCUGCCGGGGAGGCACCUCGGAAGUGGCGGCAGAAAGCUGUGGACGUCCGCGUGUGUGCGCGUCUGGCUUGCGGACACGGGCCGCUCAGCAAUGGACCAAACGGGAAGAAGAAAUUAGGUCGGAGAGCGGCGGACAAGAGCCUAGCUUGUUUUGCUUGUGUGCCAAGAACAGACAGGCGGGAGGAGGCCGGGUGGCUGUGCAGAGACCGGCGACAGCGGGGACACCCCCGGCACCCCCCACCCCCCCGCCACCUGCCUAGCCGGCCACACAGCCGUCCACGUGUCCGGCCGGCACCUGCCCCAUCACACGGCCAGGUUCCGUGUGGAGUGCACGCACUUGUACAAGGCACACGUAAGCACACAAUCCGCUCGGGCACACGUGCACACACACACCACACGGCGCACGUGCUCACACACAAGCCGCACGCGCACGCAGGGGCACCUGCGUGCCCCCCACCAGCUCUCCACGCGGCCCGGACGGCCAUCCCGUCCCGACCCCCCCCAAGGGGAAGCCACCUUCCAGCCGCAGGGGCCGCAGCCGGGACAGAGCGAGGGGGCAGCAGGGGUGAGAAGCGUAUCCGCUGAUGAUAAUUGGCAACGACACAGACAGUCCCCAAAUUACCGUUCUGCUAGAAAAAUAUUACACUUCAUAAAACUCAUGUUUAUUCAAAAAAAUCUAUUCAGAAAGUCUGGAAAGCGUAAUAAAUAUCUGUAUAGUGGC